AUGGAGAGCAUCAUGUAUGUAUCACAGGCUCUGGCCUUCCUCGGAAUCACUGAACAGAAUUUUCAGCCCUUCGUGAAGGACUGUAUGGAAAACCGAUCUGCCCGAGGAAACAAUCGGCUGUCAUCAUUUGUAAGGGUGGAAGGCUAUUACUGCACCUUCAAUCUCUGCAGGGGUGACCAGUAUUGCUGUGGCAACAACAUCUGCUGUGACAAUGUUUUCAAUCUCCUUGACACAGGGGUGGCUGUGCUUGUGUUCCUGUUCAUCAUCUUGUGUGCAGUCCUGAUCCGCAUCUUCCUUUUCCAAGGAUUCCGCAUGUUUACCGAUCACAUGUCUCAGCGUUUUGUGCCCCUGAGGUCUUCCUUCAAUGAAGAAGAUACUCAUGCCCUCAUGGAUGACAUGGAGGAUCCACCUUCAGUCCUGGGAUACCAACCAAUGAAGGAUGAUCCCAAGGGCCCACCUCCUCCAUAUUCAGAGAGCCUGGGACAUAAGAGUGAUCAUUCUGUGUGAUGAACUGGAUCCCCCUAAUGGUUUUUCACCUGUGAUGACUUUGUGUGUGAUUGAAUUGAUGUUUCUCCCUCAGACAUUGUCCUUCCCUGGUCUCAUCUAUUUCCUUUGCUUCAUUUGUUUCUCCAGUGGAUGACACUUAGGCCUAAGAUAGACCAGAAUUGCUUGGUAUCUUGCUGUUGCUCAUUCAGUUUGGUGAUCGUUUUGUCGCUCAUACCUUGGCCAGUUCUACUUUCUAUAUAUGAAUGGCAUCCUGUGAUCCUUAUGAAUAUCACAUGAAAGAAGGAAGAGAAUAUAUAAAAGAAAAAGGUUAUUUAUUUGGAGGAGGAAAGACAAAAGGCUUGACAUUUUAAGAAAGUGUAACCUUCUUGAAUUAAUCUAGUCUCUCAUUGGAUGACUCAAUUUAAUUUCUUCCUUCCAUUUUUGUAUAAAAUUAUUCUCAUUCUGCUAGUAGCAGUUGACUUAGAAAAAAGGAAGUGAGUCCAAUUUGGCUGCUUUGGACUAGAUACUAUCACAUGAAAUGAUCUUGAAGUCUUAUUCAGCUCUCCUUUUUCAUAUUUGUCCAUGAAUUGAGACAGAAAGGGGAUUAGUUUUGUAUCAUCCCACCCCAGAUAUAAUCCUGAUUGUUGGUUGAAUGAACUCAUCCUUUUUGUA